AUGUCUGAACAACCGCGAGGAAGGGGGAAGGCGCGAGGCCGCGCCGGGCGCGGGUCGCAGGAGGCCGGGCAGGCGCCGCGGCGGCCGGGGAGCCUGCACCGGCGCCGGGGCCCGCGGCAGCCCCCGCGCCCCGCGCCGCCGGCCGCCUGGGGGCCGCCCACGGCCGCGCCGCCGGUGCGCGCCGGCGUGCCCGCCGCGCCCUCGUCGGCCGGCCGCGCCUCGCACCGCACCACGCCGUCCACGCACGCCCACCCGGGGGACGUCGACAUCCAGCAGAGGAUGCAGACGUUGGACAUAGGCCAGGGCGUCCCGGGAGCCUCGGGCGAGCCCGGCGGCGCGGCGAGCGGGCGCGGCUCGCGCCGCGGCGGCGGCCGGGUGCUGCCGGAGAACGUGAUGGUGCUCCGCACGCGUCCCGACCAGCUCCAAUCCAAGAAGGGAGCAUUUGGAGACCCUCUGGAACUCAUGGCCAACUAUUUCACUGUCCACUCCACGCCCCAGUGGCGCCUGUACCAGUACCACGUAGACGUGGACCCCGAGGAGGACAGCACUGGCACACGCAAGGCGCUCCUGCGCGUGCACGCCAACACGCUUGGAGGGUACAUUUUUGACGGAUGCGUCUUGUACACGGUGAAGAAACUUCACCCCAAUCCUCUUGAACUGUAUUCCGAUAGGAAGAUUGAUGGUCAGCGUAUGCGACUUCUGAUAAAGCUUACCCAAGAUGUCGCCCCUGGAGACUAUCAUUACCUCCAGAUAUUCAAUUUGAUCAUCAGAAAAUGCUUCUACAAGCUGAACUUGCAGUUGAUGGGCAGGGAUUUCUUUGACCCUGAUGCUAAGGUUGAUAUUCCGGAAUACAAGCUCCAAAUUUGGCCUGGCUACAAGACUACAAUCAAUCAGUACGAGGACCGCCUCCUUAUGGUGACAGAGAUCACCCAUAAAGUGCUGCGCAUGGAUACCGUUUUGCAAAUGCUGCAAGAGUAUGCUCAAACCAAGGGCGCCAAUUUCAAAAAGAUAUUUGUAGAAGAUGUGGCAGGCAAAAUCGUGAUGACUGACUACAACAAGCGCACCUACCGCGUAGACGACGUGGCCUGGAACGAGUCUCCGUCCUCCACUUUCCAAAUGAAGGACCAAACCAUAUCCUACAUGGACUAUUACAAGACUAAAUACAACAUCCGCAUCAACGACGCGCGCCAGCCGCUGCUGAUCUCGCGCUCCAAGCCGCGCGAGAUCCGCGCCGGCAUGCCCGAGCUCGUGUACCUCGUGCCCGAGCUGUGUCGCCAGACCGGCCUGUCCGACGAGAUGCGCGCCAACUUCCAGCUCAUGAAGGCCAUGGCCGUGCACACCAAGAUCGGCCCCGACACCAGGAUCCAGAAGCUGCUCGCCUUCAACAGGCGCUUUACGCAGAACAAGGAGGUGGUUGCGGAACUGGGUACGUGGGACCUGAAGUUGGCCAAUGAUCUGAUCAAGUUCAAAGGCCGUCAACUGCCGCCGGAGAAUAUCACGCAGGGCGACGGCCGCAAGUACCCCGCCGGCCUCACCACUGAAGGCUGGACCAAAGACAUGAGGUCUCGGCCCCUGCUGUCGUUCGGGCCGUGCGGGUCGUGGGUGGUGAUCACGCCGGAGCGGCAGCGGCGCGACGCCGAGAGCUUCGUGGGGCUCAUCAUGAAGACGGGCGCCGGCGCGGGCUUCAGGAUGCCGCAGCCUGAAAUCGUGUCUAUUCAGCGCGACGGUUCUAUGGAAUACGCGAACAUGUGCGAAAACGUCAUCGCUAAGAAAAAUCCGGCCCUCAUUCUGUGCGUCUUGGCGAGGAGCAUGGCGGACAGGUACGAAGCGAUCAAGAAGAAGUGCACGGUGGACCGCGCCGUACCCACGCAGGUGGUGUGCGGCCGCAACAUGACCUGCAAGUCCGCCAUGUCCAUCGCCACCAAGGUGGCCAUACAGAUCAACUGCAAGCUGGGCGGCGCGCCUUGGACGGUGGACAUCCCGCUGCCGAACCUGAUGGUGAUCGGAUACGACGUGUGCCACGACACGCGCAGCAAGGAGAAGAGCUUCGGCGCCUUCGUGGCCUCCAUGGACCGCCAGCAGACGCGCUACAUCUCCUCCGUCAACGCGCACACCUCGGGCGAGGAGCUCUCCAGCCACAUGGGCUUCAACAUCACCGUCGCGCUCAAGAAGUACCGCGAGAUCAAUCAAAAGCUGCCGUCGCACAUUAUCAUUUACCGUGACGGCGUGGGCGACGGACAAAUCCCAUACGUGCAUAGCCAUGAGGUCGGGGAAAUAAAGAAGAAGCUGAACGAGGUGUACUUGGAGGCGCCGUACAAGCUGUGCUUCAUCAUCGUGUCGAAGCGCAUCAACACGCGCAUCUUCGUGGCGCGCGGCCGCGGCGAGAACCCGCAGCCCGGCACCGUCAUCGACGACGUCGUCACGCUGCCCGAGCGGUACGACUUCUUCCUCGUGUCCCAAAACGUGCGCGAGGGAACCAUCGCACCGACUUCCUACAACGUCAUCGAAGACUCGUCUGGCCUGAGCCCUGAUCAUAUCCAGCGGCUGACGUACAAGCUGACGCACAUGUACUUCAACAACUCGUCAUGCGUGCGCGUGCCGUCCGUGUGCCAGUACGCGCACAAGCUCGCCUUCCUCGCCGCCAACUCGCUGCACAACCAGCCGCACUACUCGCUCAACGAGACCCUCUACUUCCUCUAAACAGUCUCAACCAAACUACUUAUAUAGCGAGUCAUCCGCUUACGCACCGAUUAUUUAUUACUCAAGACGAUUUUUUGACACUUGAAACGUUUUUUUUUUUAAGGAAAAAUUAAUUUACCUCCUUUUCCUCCGUGUAUUAUGUAGUAAUGUUUCUGUUUUCAAGUUUAUUUUAAUUAUAAAUCUUUUGUAAGAGUUGAUCAAGGGCUCAAAUACCCACUUGGGAAGUGGAUCGUCAAUUGGAUCAUCUCUGGAACGAUACAGUUUCGUGAAGUAUUGUAAUUUUUCAUAAGAAUUUUAAAGACCCCUAAGAAAAAAAUGUGACACGUUUGUACGCCUUACCCCUCUCUAAUCGUCUUAUGUAAUUAAUGAAUGGUGCCUUCGUACAAAUGCUUGUGAUACGAAGAUAUCAUUAUGAUAUCGUACGUGCUCAAGUCGACAGAACAAACAUAUUCUAUUCCAUACAUAUUAACAGUUGUACUCGUAAGGUUUAAAGACUUAUAUUUGUUGAUUAUUCUUAUGUUUAAUUAUAGCCUCAUGGCUCGUUAAUUUAAAUCUAUUGAGAGUUGUGUGGGAGUUAUGCUUGUUGGUCACAUUAUCCGUGCUCCACUGCAUUAUAGCUGGUACGUUGCACCGAUAAUGUGACUGGGUAAUUUACCAUUUGAAUGCUCAAAUGUGUUUAAUUCGGUAAACAAACUAGUCAGAUGUUGACCACCGCUAGUUUGUUCCUCACUUUUUUAUUGUUUUUACAUAAGGCCUAAAACUUAAGUAGACAUAAGAUUACGUAUCCAGCGUGUGAAAUAUAGUCCACUGUUUUAAACCAAUGCCAUCUAGCAGAACUACCUCUAUGUAAGCCACUGAGGUUUAAAGAGAUAAUUACUGAUGUUAGCGUUAUUUGAUGUAAUAUUACAUCUAGAGUUAACAAGUUAGCUUAUCGAGUCUAGAUGUUAUAACCACUAAAGGGUAAAUGUCCAGUCUUCCUUAUCCCUUCUUUGCUUGGCGCCCGUGCCGCAUGCUCGGCAGGGACGCGGUGAGUAGUUAGGUUAUGUUGCGUCAAUCAAAAUCUAACCAAAUUAUAUCGAUUCUGAAGAUGUCAUUUUGGGUUUUAAGUGGUUUUGACCAGUUACCGUUUUUGACGUAAAUUGUGCUAAAUGUAAUUUCAAUGAGUGAGACUAUGUGUAAGUUGGAUACUACGUAGUAGUAUGAGUGCAUUUAGAGUGUGUGCGCAGAUCGAGAUGGUAUUAGAAUAAGAGAAUCUCUUUAAUAUACACUUUUUGGAAUAUUUACACUGGACAUUCCAGAAGGUUUGUUCGAAUUAUUACUCGCUUCGAGGCGAAUAAAAUUGAAUUUUCGGAGUUAGAUGUUAAAUAAGUAUGUUGUAGACCUUGAGAUUUUUAUGACAAUCGGUUUCGUUUUUUGAUGCUUCGUCUGAUCUGUAUUAACAAUGACACUCGAUGUUAAGCACAGUAGACAAAACACAUCACGCAAUAUUAUGGUAGUGUUGAUACAAAAGUUUAGUAGUUUCUCGCUACACAAAUACAAGUUUAGGUAACUUUUAUACUGUGCGUUGUGUCCAUGGACGAAGCGUCGCAGCCAUUGGGCUUUAUUACGUUUUUAUUUUUUCAUUAUUAUAUUAAAAGUUCAAGUGUUGUAAUUUGUAAUGUACAAAAUUAAACACUAGGUGGAAAAAAAUUGAACUUAUGACCAAAUUAUAAGAAAACAUAUUUUUUGAUUUGUAUUAAAUUUCGUUCUAGUCUUCGGACUGCUCAUGUUGCAGAAGACAAAUUCGGUGCUUUUCAGCUCCUUAACUAUAAGGACAUUAUAACUGUUUGUUAUUCAUUUAAAUAAUAAAGUAAUUGAUGUGA